GGCGCCUUCUGGUCCGGCGCUAAGCAAAGCGGGGGCCAGAGCCCAGCGGGAGGGCGCGCGCUCCGAGGCGCGCGUUAUGGAACAGCGGUUAGCAGAGUUUCGGGCCGCUCGGAAGCGGGCUGGGUUGGCUGCCGAACCCAGUACUUCAAGCCAGAGCGCACAAAGCUUGGGAAAGAAGUCGGAAGCAGCCGCGACGCCAAAGGCAGCCCCGGGUUGGCUAAAACGGUUCCUGGUGUGGAAACUGAGACCCUCGAGUGCCCGGGUCCAGCCCAGCCUCGCUCAGGAAGUGACUCAGCCUGGGAGCAGCACAUCAGCACCACCUCAGAACACAGCUGCUCCCCCGCCCGCGCCACUGGACCAGUCUCUCCUGACCAAAAUCACCUUCUUGAAGGUUCUCCUCUGGCUGGUCCUCCUGGGACUGUUUGUGGAACUGGAAUUUGGCCUGGCUUAUUUUGUCCUGUCCUUGUUCUACUGGAUGUAUGUGGGGACACGAGGCCCAGGAGAGAAGAAGGCCGGAGAGAGGAGCGCCUACUCAGUGUUCAACCCUGGCUGCGAAGCCAUCCAGGGCACCCUGACUGCGGAGCAGUUUGAGCGGGAGUUAUUGUACAGGCCCCUGGCGGGGAGGUAGGACCCCCGCACGCUGUCCUGCAGCUCGUGCCGCCUUGGAUGUGCUCCCAGGGAUGUGCUCCCAGACCCUGGCACAGACUUGUGGGUUCCAGGUGCCCCAGGAGAACGGCUGGUGACCUCGAGUUUCUUCCAGUCUUUUGCUAUCUACUCCUGCAGUUUUAUCCUUGAAAAACUUCUUUUGGUUUUGUUAAAAUUUCCUGAAAGACACUGUGUGUCUGAUGCAAUUUAUAAAACUUACAUACUCAACAAGAAGAUGGUCUUAUUAUUUGAGGUGAUUUUAGAGUGCUAGAAAGGCAUUGGGGAGAAAAAUAGUUUAGAACAUCAAACUGCUUAAUGAUUGUGCAUACCUUAAGACUAUAUUAAAAGUAAAUGUUCUCCUUAAGACUUAAUAUUUAUAGCAUUUUUUCCCUUGAGAAGUUUUAGGUUGUGAGUUUUUUGUUUGUUUGUUUGUUUGCUUUUGCUUCUUGUUUAAGUCUUCCCUUUUCAGGUAUUAAUGGCAUUGAAAAAUAAAAUAAAAACAGCUGCUUUUCA